AUGGAUUUACCCGAGGGCUUCAAGGUGCCCAAAUUCAAAAUGUUCAACGGAACGGAAAAUCCCAAGGCCUACUUACGAUCUUAUUGUAACCAACUAGAUUUACCCGAGGGCUUCUUGUACAAACACUUCAAGAAGAUCAAAUUCAAGCAUACGCCAAGAGCUGAAAACGAGUUUGCCGAUGCUCUUGCUGCCAUAGCAUCCAUGAUACAACAUCCUAAAAGUAGUCACAUUGACUCACUGGAAAUAAUUCUAAGAGAAGAGCAUGCCUAUUGUUCCCAUACAGAGGCGGAGCCCGAUGGCAAGCCACGGUAUGCUAACAUAAAGACAUAUUUGGAAAAAGAAGAGUACCCCAAGAAUACUACAAGAAAACAGAAGAAAACCAUCCGGAAAAUGCCAAUGGGUUCUUCCCAAAGAAGAAGAUAUUCUACAAAAAAAAUGGAGGAUCUUGGAUUACUCCGAUGCGUGGAUGCCACUGAGGCCACAAAACUACUAGAAUAA